AUGAGCGAAGAAGUACUACAGCUUCGAGCGGUAUUUUCAAAACUUUUGGGUCAGGCAAAAGUGAUUUUUUGAAGGAUCUCGAGCGACAUAAAAAAAACAUCGCUCUAAAAGAUGAGAUGCUGGAAGACCUAGAACUCGAACUGAACCAACUAAAACUCUCACUUCGCGGAAAUAUUUCGGCGGUCGAACAUGAGACCGAAAUCAAGAAAUUGAAGGAAACUAUCAACAAUCUUCAUUCCGAUGUACGCUGGGCUCAAAAUUAUUUUUUCUACCCAAUUCGCUUUUCAGUGCCACACCAAAGACGAUCAAAUUGCGAGAUUGAGCAAAGAUUUGACGUUUGCACAAGGAGAACUCCAGAACGUUUAUGAUUCAGCUGUUGGUUUUUUUUUCAAUUUAACAGGAACUUUCUUCAUAGACGUAACAAUUCUCAAGUUUAUUUCAGCCAAAAUCCAUCACUGACCGAACUCUUGACGACAGCAACGAGUCAAACUCAGACAAACUUGAAAUAGAGCUGGUGAGAUUUACAUAGGGAGUAGGAUGUUGAUUCGUGAUAUUUUGAAUGGAAAAAUUAAUCUGCCAAAAAAGUAUUCUUUCUCAGAGUUUUCAACUAACUUGGGAUUUUUUAAAGAAAAGCGUUAGUGAGCAGUUGGCGAAAAUGCACGAGGAUUGCGAGUCGGCGAAACACGAAGCAGUUCUUUUUCAAAAUGAAGUGAGGCAUCUCCGUGAAGCUGACGAACACAACCAACACAUAGUUGCGGAGCUUCGUUCCACUCUUCGGGUUAGGUCUUAAAGUCGGAGUAACUAACUAAUUACGAGCUAUUUUCUCUCUGAAAACUCGUAAUUUCAUCCGUUCAUUUUUUCUCAUUUUUUUUUCUAGAAAACUCAAGAAGAAGUUACGCGAUUAGAGGGUGAAUUGUUCGAAACGCGGCACAACGAUUCACACAAAAAGCAGGGAAAUUCAAUUUUCAGCGAGGUUGAUCUCAGUUUCGCAAAUAUUCUGACCUCUUUUAGGCUAUCGAAGCAGAAAGAAGACUGGAAGACGACCUGAAGCGUCUUUUCAAAGAGAAUCGCGCUCUAAAGCAAAAGGUUGGGUUCCUUCGUUUGAAAGGUUUUUUUGAAGGUGGUCCUUUUUUAGAUUUUCCAACUGAAAAGCGACUUGGAGGACGCUGAAAUCAGAGCUCUCGACGCUGGAAAUGUUGGAAAUAAACAAAAAAAUAAACAAAAAAAUAAAUUUAAUUUUUUUAGGGCAAUAUUUAUCGAAAGGAGCGAUCAAAUGAAGACUGGCUGGAAAUCGAAGAAUUGCGCUCAAAAGUGAGUUUUUUUGGGCGAAUAUACGAAAAAAACGAGUAAUUAGCGGAAAAUCGACUGUAAAGAAACAUUUUAUUUUUUUAUUUGGAAAAAUAUAAACUUGAAAAAUAAUUGAACUUUUUUUAUAGCCUAUUCCGCGCCAGCUUGUCACGUUUUUUUCUUUACGCCAAAAAGACCGUAUACCAAAUUAGAUAAAAAUUUCUGCUUUUAUAACUGCAAGAAAAAAAGGUCUUGAAACGAAGUUGGUCAAAUUUUACCUGGCCUUUUGGCGGAAAGAAAAAAAGCGACAAGCUGGCGCCGAAUGGCCUAUACUUCAUUUUAGAUCAGUUUCGAAAUUUCCAUAGUCUUUAUUUUCUUUUCUCAAAUUUUCGAUAACGUUGAUCUGGAACAGACAUAUUGAAUGGAAAUCUAUAGGUUCAAAGUCUCGAGAGGGAGAAGAUGUCGUAUUGGAUACAGUUUAGCGCACUGGCGAGAAAAUGCGACUUGAAAAAGAUGCCGGGCCUCGUCGCUAGCCAGAUUUCUACGAUCGAGUUCGUUUCGAAUGAUUUGAACCGAUUUUAUAAGAUCAGAAAUGAGCGUUUUGUAGUUAGUUUAAGCCACUUUAAAAAAUCACAAAAACAGAUUGACCCAAAAAGUUUCCUUGACUCGCCCCUAUGACCUUUAACCACGGAUAUAGCGGAAAUAUAAUGUCCUUCUUGCUUUCGAAUAAAAUACAACUUGAUAAAUUCAACGCUUAUUUCUAACCGGCCAACCUAAUAUUUAACUUAACGUCAUUUUAAUGAAAAAGAGUUUGAACCAAAUUUAUAGCGUGAAAAUGAAAUCUUUGGCUACAUCAUAUGACGGAACAAUGGAAAAAUAUAAUCAGAUGGCGAAAAUGGACCGCUUUAUGAAGGUUUUUUGAACUUGAUUAGUUUUUUCAAAUUGAAAGUGAGUCUGUUGCAGAUAAAUGUUCAAAAAUUGGAGAAACAACUUCUUUCUGUCGAAAGCGAACGAAAACGUUUGGAGUCCCACAACGCUUUGUUGCAGAAACGGCUAUUGGACGGUAGUUUCUUUUCAAAUUUCAAAAGUCUCAACCUCUGUUCACAUUAGAGCGGCGUAAAGCGUUACAAUUUCUGGAAAAUGGCGGCGAACCGGCGAAGGCAGAAAAAACUCGAGAAGUUGUCGAGUAUUUGGACAUGAAGCCGAAGUCUGAGCCAGAACCUCAGAUCAACAAGGAGGAAGAAAGCAGAGUGAGUGCUGAUGAAUAUAUCGUCAUCGACGUCACGAGGAAUUCUGACACUGGAAAAUUGUUUUGGAUGUCGGAGCAGUUACAAAAGGGAGCAACUUUUUGAUUGUUAUUCGCAAGCACGCGGAAAUAAAUUUUCAAAUAUCAAAUUGAGCCCGUUUGUUACCUAUCUCCAGACGAUGCCGCACCUAGCGAAGCCGGCGAUCUUCAUGCGAGGUCUGCAGACGCCUGGAAACCGUCUAGCCAACACUACACUCAACAAUUCGUCUUUCUUGAUGUCGCGCGAGAAAAAUGAUAGCGUGGUCGGUUUCCCAACUUUGCCAUCUAAUAAACUUGCAGAGAUCGUUCCUCUUUCUGAUCUUGAUUAUUUUAAAUUUGAUUCCUUUUGUAUAUUUGGUUUUUUUUGGGUUUUAUCUCAUAGUCUAGGUUGUAAUUCCGGUUAGAUCUGAUCUGAAAAUUAUUUGAAUCGGAGUGUGGCGCUCAGAAAAAGACUUACAUGGGAAGCCCGAAAUACCUAAGUCUUUCGGAUAAUCCACGAGAGCUCCAAAAGAAUGUAGGAAAAAAGUUCAAAACAUCAUCAGACAGUCGAAAAAUGGCUUCAUGUAUAUUUUUAUGCUGGGGUUGACUUUUCCUCUCUCUCUGUACAAGAAGCUAAAAGGCGAGGUGCAAGUUUUUCUCAUCAGCGCUUUGAAGAAAGAGAUGAUGGAUCCGAAACAUAGUCUCUCUCUCGCGAUAUGUUCUUGUGUGUAACUUCACACUCUUCUUAUUGCUGAUGAAAAAAAAAUCGUCUCUGAGUUUGAAUAAUCGAAAUCAAAGUUCAAUUUUAUCUUUAUGGUUUUUUCUCAAGGUGUGAAUACCGAAUUGCAAAUUUUUUGCUGUGCUCUAAAUUGAGAUUUUCAGUGCGAAUCGUCGGAGCAAAAGUUGUGUGGCGCCGAAAAACGACGUCUUCAACGACAGGCCGAAUCGGCCAAAAUGAAGGAAGCUCGUCGCUGCGUCUACAAGGUCAAGGAUCUGCGCACCUCCGGUUCGUUCUCUCUCUUCUUCAAUAAGCCUCUCCAGCCUGUCGAAUUUCGAAAAUAUCAAUAGAAUUUCUCGAUGUUCAUUUGGAACGUGAAUAAAAAUAAAAAUAAAAAAAUAAACCCCCUCUCCAAAAAUUUAGUCAUAUUUGUUACUCGUAUGGCUAAUUAUACAUAUUUCGUUUGUUGUGACAAAAUUGUUAUUUCGAAAAUGGUAAUCUUUCGCGGAAUCACUUCGAACACGACAUAAAAUGAUAUUUCAGCUGCUCCCUCAGUGAGUGCAGAGCCGCCAACAACGACGGUGAUAAACGCGGCAGGAUUUCGGCAAAAUGUCGCGUUGGCCGCCAAAGUCGCAGCCCUCAACGUCCAGAGCGACACCAUCGCGCCGACGGAGAUCCACGCGACUCCUGUCGCGCCCUCGAAGACGCUCCGCCGUUCGCUUCGGACUGAGGUUCGUCUAUAUCCAAGACAAAAACGAUCUGGAUGAAAACGCUCAGGGUGACGUCACAUCGCAAGAAGUUGCAUCCCUGCCGCCCUAUUCGAUGCGGGAUUUAACUAAUGAAAAAGAGAACUCAACGGAUUUCUAA